GUCCAUGAUGUUUCAUGUGUGUAACAAGUUUUCAUUGAGUAACCAUGAUUCUGAAUUCACUCACUUUUCAGGCUUUUAUGCGAAAAGGAAAGUGAGUUGAUAAGACAUUUCAAUAGGAAAAAAUAUUAACAAAAAGGUGAAUCUUUUGAUAAUUAUAAUUAUUAAUUAUUGAUAAUAAACAAUAAAAAUCAACAGUUGAGACAAGAGUAACCAACAAUGUCAACUAUGGAUUGAUUCAGUUCGUUAUGGACGAAAUUGAUUGACUUAAACCAUGAUGACCCUAAGUUAUCAUGGUAAUCAUGAUCAACUAAUCAAUUUGCAAAUAGAUACUUUUGCUGUUCCCUGUUAAUCAUUAUUACUUUCAUCACCAUCAUCAUCACCAUAACCAUCACUAACCAAGCAACACAUCAAAAAAUCGUUUCAUUUUUACUCCCAGUGUUAUCACCAACCAUUAUCAUUAUCAUUAUUUAUUUCUUGCUAAUAUUAUUUAAUAUAACAUCUAUUAUCGAUAUACAAUCAUUGUUUUCCAAUUUAUUAAAUUGUGGCAACUUGUUCAAAUGGCUAACCUAACCACCAAUCUAACCUUAACCUUGUCUUUAAUUACACUUGUGAAUUUGAUUAGUCAAGGUUAUUCAGUUAACGAUGUAAGACAACAAUUAAUUAAACCUGCCAAUAGCACGGAAUUAUCAUCAAAGUGUCCAAAUUGUUCCAAUGAUACAAAUUCAAGCAACAAUUUUCACAAAAGGACAAAAAGAGCUUCAAAAGAUUUAAACAGACGAGGUUCCUUUUGGGUAAAAAUGAGACCAGAGAGAUUAAUUGUUGGACGUCAAGGAUCAACAGUGAUUAUUGAUUGUUUUGUUAAUGAUGAUAUUAAUUUCAAUCUGGAUACAGUUGAUAUAACAUGGUUAAAAGACUCAAAGCCUCUUCUUUUUGACUCAAGGAUUCAACUUGUUAAAUCCAAUCGACUAAAGAUUGUUUCACUUACACGUCAAGAUAAAGGGGUCUAUCAAUGCCUUGCCACCUAUUCACCCUCACCUUCACCCUCAUCAUCUUCAUCAUCAUUAUCAUCGGCUAAUCCCUUAACAGCAUCUGAUUAUGUCGAGAUAAUCCUUCAUGAUGAAGCUCCAACAAUACGGGAAAAAUUUUACUCGCAAAGUUUAAAUCCAGGUUCACCUGUAAGCUUAAAAUGCUCAUCGACCGGCAGUCCACUGCCCAAGAUAAGAUGGUACCAUUAUGCUAAACCAUUGUCACAUACUUCGUAUCGUAAUAAGAAGAGAGUUUCCCAUUUUGAAAAUGGCUCUGAUCUGUUCAUCUCUUGGCUCAACAUAACCUCAAUUGAUCCUGAAGAUGGAGGAUUGUAUACUUGUGAAGCCUUUAAUGAGAUUGGAAUUGCUCGCUCAUCAGCCUCAAUACAAGUCACGGGUCCUCCAUUUGUCCAUCCAAUGGACAACAUAACUCUUGGAAGUCAAGAAAGCCUAACAAUUCACUGUCCAUACUCUGGUUAUCCAAUCGAAAGCAUUACAUGGACAAAAGAAGGUCGCGAUUUUGUUGCUUCUCGUGGAGUUAAAAGUCAUCCCAAUGGCACAUUGACACUUGUUGAUGCUCAUUCAGAAGAUGAAGGUUGGUUCAAAUGUGAGGUCAGAAACAAGGAAGGUCAAACGGCAAGUGGAUCACUUUACAUCGACAUUAUUGAGAAACCAUCGAUAAAUCCAUUUAUAUUUGGCUCUGAUCUUCGGGAGGGAAUGAGAACUACUGUUGUCUGUUCAAUUGGCCUUGGUGAGCCACCUUUCAGGAUUACUUGGUUAAAAGAUGGCAUUCCCAUUGACCAUGGUAAUCCUGAUCUACGAGUUGAAGCCUUAGGAGAUUUCACUUCAAGCCUUAAGAUUACCGAUAUAAGACGAAAACACAGUGGCAAUUAUACUUGUAAAGCAGCCUCUGCGAGAGCACCUGACAUCUACUCAACUUUUACAGCUCAACUAAUUGUUCAAGCUGCUCCUAAAUGGAUAUUAAAACCAUUGGAAAGAUAUUCAACUAUACGUGGUUCAAAGGUUUUGAUGAAUUGCCAGGCUGAAGGAAUCCCACCUCCGGUUUAUCAAUGGAAAAAGGCUCGUAGAUUGGAAUCUUCAGCUUCAAAUGAGUUAAUUGGUAUCGUCAGUGGACCUCAUAUUCAUGUUUUAGAGAAUGGUUCGCUGGCUAUAAUUGAUUCCACCAAAGCUGAUGAAGGUGAUUAUGUUUGCGAGGUUACCAACAACAAGGGACCCUCUUUAACAUCUAUAUCACGCCUUGAAGUCCAUGAUCCGGUGCAUUUUACCAAAUCCUAUGAGCUGGUCAAGGUUGAAGCUGGUCUUAAAGCUGAAAUUAUCUGUGAUCCAUUGGGUGACCAGCCAAUUGAAAUAAAUUGGAAUCGAGUAGCUUCAUCACCAACAGUAGCCUCGCCUUCAUCGUUACCAGUGACUUUAACAAACGAUGAUCGACGAUUAGCAGGUAUUCUUGGUAUCAAUGGUGUCAAUGGGAUGAAAAUUGGGCGAGAAUUGAUUCCUUCAAGUUCACAUCAUUCAUUUUUAUCAUCAUCGAGAUUUCAAAUUAAUCAAGAUGUUAAUGGAAACAGAGUAAUAUCCCAUGUAACCCUAGAUUCCCCUCUUGUAGAAGAUUCAGGUACAUUUAUUUGUACUGCCAGCAACUCUUAUGGUAAAGCUGAGAAAACAGUUCAUUUGAUUGUCCAAGGUCCACCUCGAUCUCCGCGCAAUUUAAGAUCAGUUGAAGUAGCAAGUCGUGAUAUAACCAUUGCUUGGGAAGCUCCUGAUGAUGGUAAUAGUCCUAUUCUUGAUUAUCUAAUACAAUAUACAUACAAUAAUGGUAUUUGGACCAAUUCAUUUGAAACAACCUCAGUGAAUCCUAAGGAGUGUACAGCGUUGAUUUCAGGCCUUUUACCCGAGACAAUUUAUCGGAUUCGAGUAUUGGCUCAAAACACAUUUGGACGAAGUGAACCCAGUGAUGAGAUAACUGUACGAACUGAAGAAGAAGCGCCUGGAGAAGCUCCAAACAAUGUGCGGGUUGAAUCUAUAAGUUCACAAACAUUGAAAAUUAUUUGGAACAACAUUGGAAAAACCAGGAAAAUUGAAGGUUACCAUAUUGGCUAUAGACAGGUCCAUGGUUUCAAUUCAAUGAGGGAUACCUUUAACUUCAAAUCAAUGAGCUUGAAUGAAACUUUGCGACAAUUUGAUGAACUACAAUAUCAACUGAGUGAUCUCAAGAGAAAUACUAAAUAUGGUCUUGUUAUUAGGCCAUAUAACAAAAAAGGUCCAGGAGUUACUUCAGAAGAAGUUUUUGCUCAAACACUUGAAUUUGAUCCUCCGGGAGAGAUUCAUGUUAGAAUUAACGUUGUUACCCAUCGAUCAUUAACUGUGGAGAUUAUUGAACAAGAUGAAGUUAACCCAAUCAGUGGUUACAUUGUUAAUUACAAGACCAAUGCAGAGGAUUGGGAAGAAGUUAAAAUCUUGGGUCAUCGGAAAAAUUUUGUCCUCGAAGAUUUACGCUGCGGAACGAAAUAUACUGUAUCCAUUUCUGCUUUCAAUAAAGCUGGUCCUUCCCUGGAGAGUCAAUUACUUGAUAUCUCAACUUCUGGCCAUGUGCCUUCACCUGGAUCAUUAGAAUCGUUGUUGACAGUUAAUUCAACGAGCGCCUUAAUCGAUUUAAGUGCCUGGAGUGAAAAUGGUUGUCCCAUUUUAUCUUUUGUGGUUCAAUACAAACUACACUUCCAAACUGAUUGGAUCAUGUUUUCCAAUAAUAUAAUGCCUUCACAGAGUAAAUUAAUUAUUCCUGACUUGAUACCUGCUACUUGGUAUGAUUUACUUAUGAUCGCUAACUCUGAACCAGGAACAACAGAGGCUCAAUAUCUUUUUGCGACUCUAACUCCAACUGGAGGAACUAUUCCUCCAAUUUCAUCUAACACUUACUCAAAUUGGGAAUUGAAUCUUGGUGAUCCUGUGGUAUUAGCUCCUAUUUUAUGUGCUUUCAUUGUGUUCAUAGUUAUCUUUAUUACUAUUGCUAUUCUUAUGUCUACUAAGCACCAGCGAACCGGUAACUCUCAAGAGACCUAUAAUACAAAUGAUAGACAGAAAAUGGAAAGUUUAUCAAUGUCUUCCUUCGCUCUUCCAGUUGAAUCUUCAAUUGAUGGUAAAAAGAUUUAUGAAACUGUUCAACGUAAAUCUGGUUACGGAUCUUACUACACCUCACCUUAUGCUGCUAAUCGUUUGGCAUUUUGUGAGCAAGAAGCUUCUCUUACGUCCAAUUUGCAUCAAAUUCAGAGGCACCCAAGAAUGGAUCCUGACCCUCCUUAUGAUGUUUUAUUAACUCGAAAUUUCCGGCCCAAUUCACCUGGUUAAUCGAUAUCAUUUUUGAUUUCUAUUGUUACUUUUUUUUGGAGAAUCUACACGAACAAAUUAUAAAAAUUGCCAUGAACAAUCAAAGAAUUGACUUCAUCUGUAAAAUAAUUCUCAAUUUCAAUCAUUCACAUGAGAUUUAACCUGAAAAAUGCUUGUCAAUACCAUUAAUUUUGUUUUUUUAAUGAUGUUAAUAAUUUUUGCCUCUAACAAAAUUCAAGUUAGAUGAAAACAGAUUGUGUCUACUAAAGGUUUAAUCAAAAACCUUGUGUCCAAAUAAGUAAUCAAAUACCAAAGAUUUACAUUCAUAUAGCCAUUAAAAGGGUUAAUUAGCGUUAAUCAAUGUAAUAAGCCAAUAAUAUAGACUACAUUGUGAAUCGUUAAUGCCCAAAAUCGGAGCUCAAAUAGGUUAAAUUUUAAAGUUUAAAUUUCAAAAACUGGUGAUCAAUGAUUAAAUUAGGUUAUGUAUAAUGAACCUAAACAACUCGUCAACAAGUUCUUAAUGCCAAAAUUUUGUAAUAAAAAUACUCAUUUUAAACACUUAA